GUCGCGUACAGGAACGCUUACUAUUGCCGCCGCUCGUCUGGGUACCGAAUUCGUGGAGAACCGUUGCCGGCGCGGGUUAUGGGGCACCAGGCCAGCAGCUCAGCAGGCUGGCCUCUUUCCAUUCCGAUUUCUCAGAUCUGACCCGGCCGAAUGUCCGAAAAAACCGACGAGAACCACUACGUUGCUGGCAUCAGCAGCAGCAGCAACAGCUACGCCUGUGCGUCCGCCAGAUCAAGUCCGUCGGAGUCAAUGAGAAAUGAAUAGCCGGUCCGCAUGCCAAAUCAGGAAGCCGGAAGAAGGGCAGGCCUCGCGGCGCGAAAGAGAAACAAGCUACUGUGAUAGUCAACGGCAGGUAGGAGAACCGGCACAUCCAACAAAAAACAGACCGCAGAAAGACCACUUGGACCACUCUGGGCUCUAGACUCGUCCGCAGUAGUCUCGUUCGUUGAGGCAGGCUCCCUCAAAAGGCCAAAAGGACCACAAACAACAUGCCGUUCGGACCAACACAGACGUUCAAAUGUCCAAAAUGCGCUAAGAAUGUCUAUGCGGCCGAAGAAAUGUUGGCUGCAGGUGCCAAGUUCCACAAGUCGUGCUUCAAGUGUGGACUUUGCAAUAAAAAGCUUGACUCCACGAACGUCGGGGAUCAUGGUGGGGACAUCUUCUGUAAGCAGUGCUACGGCCGUAAGUUCGGACCCAAAGGCUACGGAUUUGGCGGUGGUGCAGGAACGCUCUCAAUGGAUAAGGGUGAACAUCUCGGAAACAAGGAAACUGCCAUGGAUAACAAGCCUUCCUCUUAGAUAGUCUCGUAAUCGGAUCGCUGACCAUCGUGUCCCCAUGGGUAGAGUCAUUUAUGUGCGAUGUGGAAUUGGAUCCCAAGUUUAAACAGGACGAAAUACGUGUGUGUGAUGUAGUCCUCAAUAAGAAAUGUUUGUUUAACAUCACCUCCCACAAGAAUCUCUCCAAAGCGUGACGAGCCUUUUGGUUAAUACGAGAACAAAAUUUUCACCCAGAAAACAACAUCCUUUGGGAACCCACCGUUCUGAGACGCACUCUUUAAUUUGUUGCAAGGGUAGAAUUGCCUUGUCCAUAACAGGUAUAUACUUGCAUAAAUACUUCUUAUAAGAAGUACUUGAUGGAGUAAAGAAUAAUUGCCCUGCAGCCAACGGAAUAAAUCGGAGUUGAACUAUUUAUUUAAUAAUAACAAACAUUGAUAAGUGUCCUAUCUUGAAGGAACGGACUGAAUAAAUGAUGUAUUUUUCGUUACCCGCGCCAGGCGCAGA